GCUAUGUUGUAUUGAGAUAAUAUGCACUGUUGUGUAGUGGUUGUCAUGUUGGGAGAAGCCUUCAUCAGAGUCUUCAGGUAUAGGAAAGAGGAUUGUGAUUGUGAUUCCACAAAGGCCCAGGAACGUCCACCACACCCUGCUCCCAAUAUCAUUCUGAACCCAGGUUCAAUGUUAGGUAAGCAUUUUGGAUUUGUUCGAAAUACUGCAUGUCUUCCUGGAUCAGUUGGCUAUGCUGCAUUUUAGAAGAUUUGAGAUUAAGUGCAUCCAGGCAUGAGUACGAUGUUUAAUAAUUUCAUUCAUUUUUGAUUGAAUACGUCAAAUUAAAAAAUGUGCUUCUGGUGUGUGGGCUGCACAGGAAACAUGGAAGGCCUGGUGCAGUCUGGUCCUAGAGCGACAACUAGGCCCAGUGAUGCCCUCACCAUCCCCAAUAGCCACAGUGACGACUAUGGUGACCUGGAGCUCUAUCGCUCCUGGUGCUGCACCACCUUCUGCAAAGACUACCCCGACCUGCAGCUCAGAGGAGACCAUGUGGGAAACAGGAGCUCAAAGAGCCUGCGGCUGGAGAGUGAGGUGUUCCAAGGGCCACUUCUUCAAUCUCAGGACCUGGGAGAGCUGGAGUCCUUGGAACCCACAGGGCCUGUGGAGCCUGGGGUGCGGGUGGAGUCCCAGCCCCUGCAGGAUGAGGGUUACCUGGUCAUAGACAGCAGCAUCAUCACCCUGAACAGGGAGCCUCUGUCCAACUCCAUGCUGAACAGCUACCUGGAGAGUAAGCUGCUGGAGGUGUACAGACAGCACAUGCAGGACAGCCUGGCCCGGGGCAGCUCUCCCCUGGUCCAGACCCCUCCCCAGGGCCUGGUACCAGCACCAGUGAAGCAGCUCAGCCAGUAUCUCUGUCAGGACCACGGCCUAGACUCCAGUACGGCCCAGAGCAUCGUCAUCCACUACCUUAGCACCUGCACCGUGGCCAGCUCCAACUUCAGCUCUCCCGACCUGCGCAUCUCCAACCUACGCAUCCCCAACCCUGAGCCCAGGAGGAAGCCCACCUGA